AUGGACGCUACAAGGUUUUAUGGAACUUCAGUGAAGAAAAUGAAGUUGGAAUCAGGUGUUACCUCUUCACCAGCCAAGAAGAAAUUAGAAGAUGCUGAUAUACUAGCUUUAGAAGAAUCUUUUUCUGAUGGAUUUAGUGAUGAUGGUUCAUCAUUAGAGUUAAAACAUGUUCAACCAGCAGUUAAGCAAAGUCCUGUAAAGGCAAGAAAUAAAGAAUUCGAACAAGAUUUCAAUUCUGAUUUUACAGAUGAUGAUGUUUUUGAAAUUGAUGAAGUGCGACCAAAAGAGGAAGUUGAUAGUGUACCACCACCACCACCAACAUCACAAUCAAAAAUAUCUGCUUUAUUACAAGAUUUUUCAUCUCCUAUAGAUAAAUCAUCACAAAAAAUCAAAAUAUCACAAUUAGGUAAAACUUCUGUUAAUGAAGAUAUUAAACCAUUACCAAAACUGACACGUUUUAUAGAUGAAGAUGAUUUUGAUGAUAGUUUUUUCCAAGAUGAUUCAGAUAUUCCACUAGAAGCACCAAAAAUUGAAAAUAAAAAACUACCAUUCUUGAAACCAGGUGGUAUUGAAAGAGCUUCAUCUUCAAUUGCGUUCACUUCUUCACCAUCAUAUCAUAAAACAGAAACCGUUUAUAAAAGAGUUUUAAACCCACAAAGUAACAAUAAUACUAAUGAAGCAAUUAAAAACAUUAAAUUAUCACAAGAUGCCAAAAAUUUAGAUUUACAAACUAUUUUUGACUCAUUUGAAGAACAUUCAACAAAUGAUGCAUUCCCAUCAUUAUCAAAACAUAACGAAGAUGCCAAUAAAGAAAAUAAACAAUUAUACCCAAACGUUCCAGUUUCAGAACCAACAACUAAUAAAUCAAAAGACUUGUAUCCAUCAAUGGAUAGUUAUAACGAGAGACAUGGAGCUCCACAACAAAUCAAAAGUGAAACAUUGUUAAAUUCACCCCCACAUGCCACUAUUCCAAACUUGAAAGAAUCGACUACUGAACCUAUACCAAAAUAUGAGGAUCAAGGUGUACAAGAUUUUUUCAAACCAAAAUUUGCAACAAGUAAAUUUGAAACUAAAUCAGAAACAAAAUCAAUACCCAAUUUACUUAAUAGACCUAAAAAAAGAAAUGCAGAACUUCUGUUAUUAACUCAAAGACCAACAAUUCAUCAUGAAUUACAAAAUGAAAUUUCUGGUGAAAGAUUUGCUAGUACUACAUCAAGAUCAAAAAUUGGUGAUACACCACCAAUUAAAACUGUACAAACACUGACAUUAAGUGAAGAGCAACAACAUAUUAUUGAUCUGGCAAAAGAGGGAAAUAGUUUAUUCUAUACAGGUUCUGCUGGUACUGGUAAAUCUGUUUUGUUAAGAAGUAUGAUUAAAACAAUGAGAAAUAUACAUGGACCUGGUCAAGUUCAUGUCACGGCUUCUACAGGUCUUGCUGCUUGUAAUAUUGGUGGUAUUACAUUACAUUCAUUUGCUGGCAUCGGAUUAGGUAAAGAGAAAACUGAAGAAUUAAUUAAAAGAGUUAGAAAAAGUAGGAAAGGUAGACAAAGAUGGCAAAAUUGUAAAGUUUUAUUUAUUGAUGAAAUUUCUAUGAUUGAUGGUAAAUUAUUUGAUAAAUUAGAUUCAAUUGCUAAAGCUAUAAAAAGAAAUGAUGAACCAUUUGGUGGUAUUCAAGUUAUUGUUUGUGGUGAUUUUUUCCAAUUACCACCAGUUUCAAAAAGUGAUGAACCAGCUGCAAUUUUUUGUUUUGAUUCAAGAGCUUGGAAAGAAUGUAUUAAAUUAACAAUUACUUUACAAAAAGUUUUCAGACAAAAAGGUGAUAUGGAAUUUAUCACAAUGUUGAAUGAAAUGAGAUUAGGUAAAAUUUCUACAAAAUCUUCAGAAAAUUUUAGAAAAUUAGAAAGAAAUUUACCACAAAGUGAUGUUGAACCUGCUGAAUUAUAUAGUACUCGUUAUGAAGUUCAAAAUGCAAAUAGUUUAAGAUUAAGACAAUUACCAUCAGAAAUUAAAACUUAUACAGCAUUUGAUGCUGGUUAUUUAGAAGAUCCAAAUCAACGAGAAAAAUUUUUAUCAAAUCUUAUGGCUCCAAGAGUUUUAAAUUUGAAAAAAGGUGCACAAGUUAUGAUGAUCAAAAAUAUUGAUGAAACUUUAGUUAAUGGCUCAUUAGGUAAAGUUAUUGAUUUUAUUGAUCAAGAAACUUAUUUAACUUAUAGAAAUUUACGUGAAGAUAAUUUUAUGGAUAAUUCUGAAAUUGAAAAAGCUAUAGAAAAAGUUAAAUUUAAUCCAAGAAAUGAAUCAACUGAAGAAGGUCCACAUCCAAUAUUAGAAGAUACUGUAUUUGAUUUUUUAAAUGAUUUUAAAUCUGAAGAUCCAGAAAUUAAGGAAAAUAUUGAAAUGAAAAAACAAUUAAUGAAUCAAUUACAUGAAAGUUCAAGAGGGAAAUUAUUACCAUUAGUUAAAUUUUUAACACCAGAUGGACAAAGUAGAACUAUUUUGGUUCAACCAGAAAUUUGGGAAGUUUCAGAUGAAUUUGAAAGACCAUUAGUCACCAGAAUGCAAGUUCCAUUAAUCUUGGCAUGGGCUUUAUCAAUUCAUAAAUCUCAAGGUCAAACAUUACCAAGAGUUCGAGUUAAUUUAAAGAAAAUUUUUGAAAAAGGUCAAGCUUAUGUUGCAUUAUCAAGAGCUGUUUCAAGAGAAGGUUUACAAGUUUUAUUUUUCGAUGAAAAAAAAAUUUGGGCUCAUCCAAAAGUUAUUGAAUUUUAUAAUAGAUUAAAAUCUGCUCAAGAUGCAAGAUUAGAACUUGAAGGUAAUAAUGUCAAUAGAAGUAUUGACUUAGAACAAAAAGAUAUUGAAAGAGCAAUGGCUAAUGCACAUUCUUCUAGAUCUCAGAGUGAAGCUUAUCAUGAUCCUGAUUUUGAAUCUGAAUCUGAAAGUGACGGCAAAGAAGCUUUUGUUGAUGCAUCAAGUCCAAGUCAAAUGGGGGUUAAAGAUUUACCAUAUAUGACUCAAGAUGAAUCAAAUGAUAAUAUAAUUGUUAAUAGACGGAACUUUAGGAAGAGAGCUGAAUGA